AUGAUACACCAAUUUUCUCUUCUCUCAGUUGGCCUCCUGGCCCUUGUAACACCCGCCUUUGCACAGCUCCCAUACAAUCCAACUCGCAUCCUUCCUCUCCAGAAUGGCUCCGCUGCCUACCUAAUUUCGCCUCUGCCUUCCUCUUCGCAAUAUUCCCUGUCGAUUCUAGAUACCUCCAGUACUGUCAAUGCGACAUCCCCAGUAAAGAAGCUCUUGGACAAGCUACCAUUCUUGUCCGACAGUGUUUCCAGACCAUUCAUCACCGUGAAUGAUGCCGAGGGAAUCAGUGUACUAGCAGGGAGCUGUAAAGAUUCCGAUGAGGAUGCCAAAUUAUGGAGAUUCACGAGGAAUGAGACUGAUAACAAUGGAACUUGGACAACUUUGUCCUUGGACUCCGCGGACACCUCUCUGAGUGCAAGGUAUCUCUCUGCGGGCUUUACAUUUUCGCAGUCUACCUCAAUCCAGGAUGCUUCCCUAUAUAUAUUUGGUGGGAUGUGUCCAAACGGCACGGAUGUGGAUACUUCGAACUGGGUGUUGGAUGCUACAUACUCAAACACCAUGAUGACUCUUGCUGCUGUCUCGCCGUCGGAUGGUAGCUCUGAAUACCAGGUAUCGUUGACUGGAUCCAGAGCGCCACCUAUUCCAGAGGCAGGGCUCACCAUCACCCCAUUAGCUCCAACAUUCUCCAAUACGACAGGAUCGAAUGUGUCUCAACAACAGAAUUUUGUGCUUCUCGGUGGACACACUCAGACUGCCUUCCUCAACAUGUCACAAUUGGCAAUAUUCUCAUUGCCUCAACAAUCCUGGGCCUUUGUUGCCGUGUCACAGUCAUCAUCUGGGAGCACGAAACUCAGGUCGAGAAAUUCGCCCUCUGUGGAACCCCGAUCAGGACAUACAGCUCUCUUGACCGCUGACGGUUCUAGGAUAGUUGUGCUUGGUGGUUGGGUGGGAAAUGUUUCCAAUCCAGCUGAGCCUCAAGUUGCGAUUUUGGAACUGGGCCAAGGUUACGGGGGGCAAGGUGACUGGGCAUGGACCAUCCCAAGUUCGAGCAGUAAUCCCUUCUCGUCCGGUGCAGGCAUCUAUGGCCACGGUGCUGCAAUCCUACCAGGCAAUGUGAUGAUGGUUACUGGAGGAUAUUCUAUCAAUUCUUCAGCCUCUCAAAAGAAAAGACAGCCAUCACAGAAUGUCUACUUCUUCAACACAACCUCAUUGUUGUGGUCAGAUUCCUAUACAAACCCAUUUCCAUCUGGCUUCGACGACGGAUCAAGCCAUGUCCAAAAUGGGUCAACAGGUCUGAAACCCUCCGAGAAGGCAGGGCUUGGUGCAGGAAUAGGAGUCGGCAUAGCCGUGGCUUUCGGCAUUGCUGUUGUCUGGCUCCUUUACUCUCGAAAGCUUCGGGCCAGACGGGCAUUACGGGAGAAAGAACUUCGAGCACUAGCUUUGGGUGCAGAGCGGUUGCAUACGCCGGCUCCUGGCGGCGACAAUGAUUCGAGAUAUCCAUCCAUGCGUACUGCGAGUUGGGGUGGUCUUCAAGAAAGGCAGAUGGAGUCUCUCGAUGCCUAUCCCUGGGCGCCUCCUAGCACUUUCAAUCCCAAGGACAACAUCGAUGCUGACUUUGACGGCCAUAACUCUCGCCAGGCUGAACGAACAGGGGCACUUAUGGAAGUACCUAGUCCAACACGAGGUCUUAGGAAGAGUUUGAGUACGAGAAAUCCUGGAAAUCUUGGACCAUAUCAUCAGCACCCAGCAACAGGAGUACCUGGCCCUGUAUUCCGAAUCGAUGAAGAGGAUGAAAGCAGCCAAAUGGGUUCGCUCAAGCGCAGGAAGUCACCACAACUUGCAGGCGACAGAACUUCAGUCACCAGUGACCCCUUCAAGGACCCUCUUCCCACUGCGAAUGAUGCUCGACCUGAAAAUGCUGCCCAUGAACGUCAAAGAGAGGUCGAAGGCUGGGUUGAAGACUGGCAAUCUGCAGCGGAAAGUAUGACGAUUUCUCGAAGUACAAGCCAGGCACAUAGUAGGACCUAUUCCAACCUCUCACAAUUCAGAUCCCAAGCACAUGGAGAUGGCUCGGGUCGCGGUUCACCAGAAAAAUCCGAUCGCACGGGAAGCAAUCUUUCGGAGAAGAGUAUAACAAGUGUAUCUGAUUAUUCUCGAUCCGUUCCAGGCACAGUCUCAAGGUCAUUGUCGCAAAGAAGCGUCAGUGCUGGCUACGCUCUCUUUGCGGGGGCAGCAGCAGCUAUGAGUUCGCUAGGAUCAAGACCAAGUACCAGCGAGCACAGUAGUAACUCUGGGAUCACACGGGCACCGUCGAAUCGCAGUGUCUCACUGGGUGUUGAACCCAAUGUGAGGAGUCGUGGUGAGACAUUCUCAUCGGUACGGAGCGGCCAAGGACAAACAGGGCCAGCGGAAACUCAAAUGAUCUUGAACAGAAAUCCAAUUAGACCGCAACUGGGAGUCAGAGACUAUCAAACUGUCGAGCGGAACCCUAGCAAGGACAAAUAUGGUCGUGCUGGCAGCCUCACUGGUUCUGGUCGCAGGGCUCUGAACCUGCUUGGAAGUGUGAAGCGGGUCUUCACAGGGACUGGCACUGUCGAUGUGAACGAUCGUGUGGCAACCAUUGAAGGCCGAAGUGGGCAAUCGAGUCCAACUAAGCAUUCUGGGCAGCCAGAGAUGUCGGAGACUUUCCCUCGAAGAACGCUUAGUGCCGGUGCGUCUUUUUGGCGCGAGAAACAAGGGCCCGGUGACUGGAACAGUGCUUCAUAUGCCGGUCCUUCUUCAUCCAUCCGGAGGAGGCCGGUUCCAGGUUUGGUCAUUAAUGACGAUAACGGAAUUUUGCAGGACGAUGACGCAGAUUGGGAUGUCGAAACGGCCGUGCAACAACGAGUGGUUCAAGUCAUGUUUACCGUGCCUAAAGAGAAGUUGAGAGUCGUCAACGCAGACGCCUUGAGUUUGCUGAGCAGCAAUCGAAGCGAGGUAGAUCAUGAAGAGGACAAGGAAAGGGAACAGAUGAAAAGGAUGAGUAGUGUACGAGAGGGUGAUGAAGACCACGACUAUAAUGAUACAGAGUCUGGAGGAGGGAAGGGCAAGGGAAGAGCAGAUUAA